AUGAGCGAGUCUGCGCCCAAUGCCCCAGCUCAAACACCAAACGAUGAGGAAAUACUCGUGCCGAGCGCAGUAUGCAUUCGUCUCGUGAGGCACUGUCCGCGCGCGGACCACAUCCCCCGCGCAACGGGGAAGCUGGACUUCCUCCCGGAGCCGUCCAGUUCGCGGGGCAAAACCUCGCGGCAGAAUUCCGUCCGCAGCGAACGACCGAAGGAACUGAAGCUGGAUUCCAAUGGCGAGCACCGAGUGGACGGCAAUCGAUCCCGCGUGAGCAGUUAUAGUUCCCGCGCAAACGACGAGCAGCGCUUGGCGAAGAGCAGCCGACCCAAGGAUAGCGAAUCGUUUCGACAUGAGAAACCUCGGCCGAGUGAAUCGGAGCGAAGCGGCUAUGAUCAUUCCUACGGAAGCCUGAAGCGAGACCGACGACGUCCAUCCAACGGCAGGGAUUCGCGGGCUUCAGAAAAGAGCUUCCGGUCGGAAGGCCUGACGGACGAAUAUCUCAGGCAGUAUUAUCAGGACUGGCUGAGGCACUCCAACAUGCAGCAUCAACACCAGCCGAUGAACAUGUAUGGUUAUGGUGGCAUGUCCCAACUUUACUCGCCCAUGGCGACGACGGGCAUGUGGCCACAACCGGUUAUGUCCAAGCCUGCUAGUUCGGCCGAUCUGGUGGGGAUGGCGGCGACGACGGCGGCUGGUACGCCGAGUGUGCCACUAACCCCAGGUGCAUUUAUAAAGACUCAUGGAGAACAGCUACCUGCCGUGGCCACGCCAUUUGGUAUCAGGCCAUCGUUUCCGGGACCGUCCCUUAAUUCUGCGUUUAAGCCGAUUAGUACCCGAAGUGAUGCGGUCCCCGUGAGGAGAACUUCCGUGGUAGCGAAACCGUUACGGCCUCGAUUCUGGAGGGGAUGCCUGCUGUCAUCGGUUAGAACUGCCGAAAUUGUUCGAACUGGUCGAUCGUCGGCCGUCGUGAUAAAGGCGAAUUUGGAAAGAGAUUUCGAGAAACAUCGAAGUGAAAUGGAAAUAUUUCCGGGUAUGAUGCUAUGGGAUGAAGGAGACCUUCGUGAGCGAGUGGUGGAUUUUUGUCGGCAUAUGAGUAGUUUGGCACGGGACGCUGAUGAUACGUUUGUUUCCGAAAUGGAGUCUGUCUUCUGGGAUUUGGUUGUUCAUCUUUUAACGUGUGGUGAAAAUUCCCGUCCCUAUGAAGUAGCACAGAUAUUGUCGCGUUUGCUGCAAGAUCCGGGGCGUUCGUCGGUGGCAUCCCUGCGCAGUGAACUAAAUGGUCGAACUGGUCGUGAGCGUUACUCCGAAAGCCAAAUGAUUUUGGUCCGUCGGUGUAUGUUAGCCGGUGAUAUCGAGAGUGCGGUUAUUCAUGCAGAGAAUGGCGAAUGCUGGGAGCUCGCGAUGUGUUUGCAGACCAUUCAUUCUGACAUUGAAUGCAAAAAUCAUCAGGCAGUAGACCUGAUGAUGCGAACUUUGGACCAGAAACUUCAGCGUGGUGAUCCAGUGCAUACGGUAUGUUCAUUAGCUUGCGGAAAAAUGCCGAGUGUGGAAUCCUGUUUUAAAGAUUGGGUAUCGAAUUUGGCUGCGGUAUUAGCGUGUUCGGGAUUCAUCAGACAGGCUACACUGCGCUCAAAAUUCAUCGAUUCAUUGGCAGAACUGCUGCAUUUGACGGGAUUACCAAUGGGUCGGGAUAUAUGCGCGAUUUUUGGCAGUCCCGAACGCCGUUUCGAGAUGCAGCCGUUCACGCUUAUUGGAGGCAAUGAUCAAGAGUUUCAGCUAUCUCACUUCUUCAUGACGGAGGUUUUCGUUUAUUUGGCACAGAUUCUGCAGGGUAUUAACUUACACGCUAAUGCGGACUUGAUCCGCAUGGAACUAAUUUAUGUGCAGUCCUUGCUUGACAAUGAUUUAAAUGUCGCUGCCAUGGAGUAUUGUCGAAGUAUUGUCAUUGUGCUGAAGGACUAUGGUGUGCAAAUGGCCUUUGAAAAGUAUGCUCAAUUGUUUCAGAUGGUAAUUUCCAACACCCUUGCAGCCAAAUCUGUUAUGCACGAGGAGUGGUUUCGGUGGAUAUGGAAUAUUUUUAAUUCGUACUGUAACAAACAGACAUCGACUGCACCCAUUGUAGAACGGAACGACGUUAUGUCACUUUCCAGUGCCACUGAAUUUGCUGCUCCGCAAGAGAUACAACCGGGAAAUGUUAUUUUUUAUGAACCCGUGAGCGAGUCUAACAGCUCCAGAAGAGAAUCGUUCUCAAUGGAAACCGAUGCGCCUUCUCUAACUCCGAUGGAGACGGAGAAUGAGGCUGUUCGGAGAGAUUCACAAUUCUCUGGGAGUAAUGUGUUUGAAACAGUGGAGUUUCGACGAGGUUCUUCCGUGGAAAGAGCUCGUAGUGAUUCACUAUCGGUUAGCCGACCGAUAACUGCUGCUCAGGAAACAGGACAGGAGAGCACUGCUCCUGUGAUUCCAUUUUUCCCCGUAGCCGCCGCGUCGAAUGCGCCGCCUCACAGUAUGUUUAUGCCUACUUUUAAAACUCAGGAAUUACCGUCCCCCGAUUCAUCGACCUUCAAUACGGGCAAUGCGGAACACUUCGCCAGCAUUACUGCCACGGAUGAAUUACCUACUGAAUCCGAGGAUGACAAAGAAAAUGUGCCGGCGCAAAUCUAUGAUCCAACAAGGAUGUACGAUGAUUUGGACCAAAUGGGGAAACCACCUGUUAAACAGACUGGUAACGAAAGUGCUCCAACCCAACCAUCCUCGCGGUGGUUCCCUAAUAUUUUCGGGAAGAACACCUUAGUCAAAAACGUUGGGAAGAGUAUUUUCAGUAAAUUCGGGAGGUCAAAGCAGAUCCACUUACCGGAUGAUUCGAAAAAGACGUUGAUAUACGAUGAGAAAAAGAAGCGCUGGAUCGACACCAGUAAACCGGAUAGCGAACAGGAAGCAGCAGUACCUCCGCCACCGAAACUGGAUUUCCCACAGCCCAACUUUAGUCAGCCUAAGUUCCCGGGUGCGUUUCCCCCCGGUGCACCUGUCAUGCCGUCCAUUCCCAAUGGCAACAUGUUUCGUCUGGGUGCGGGACCGAGUAAUGCUGGAUACAAUCCGUACGCGACCAUAAUGUCGUCGCUGCAGGCUGCCCCAUUGAAGCCCAUCGAUUUAGCGAACCACUUCAUACCGGCUCCAACCAUUCCAGAAGAAUGAAAGCUGCUAUCGUGAAGAAAUUUUGUGAAAAAUGGUACCGUACUUGGUACUUUUAUAAUAGUCUUUCUGCGGCUUUUGCUUUGUACCAGACAUGCGUCUUUUUUCCCUUUUUUUUGCCCGGGAUAGUACACGUGGAAUGUUUUGACUUGUGAAUGAUAGGCUGUUUUGACAACGUGCAUCACUUUUCCGAUGAAAUAUUUUUAUUUUCCGUGUGAAACUUAUUUAUUUUCUCUUGUUUAAUAUAGUGGAGUAUCUUUUAAUUAAAGUAAGCCACGCUGCCAAA